ACAGACACAGACUCUGUAGGACACAGACCAUACUUUUCUGUACUACAGAGAACAGACUUGCAACAGAGUACUGUGGAAAAUCCCUGAGAGACCAGUCGCAACUUGCAACAACGUUAAAACGUUGAACAUUUGUAGAGUGUGGGUAAUCGUGUUACGUGGUGUAUCGAAAGAAAACUGAGCGCAGUACAUUUUUAGGCUAAGUGGUUAACAAAUUAUUAAUCAUAGCCUCACCGCCAAGGUAAAAAUCGUUGAAGACAACACACGAACAAAGAGGCAGUGUUGGGGUUAGCUCGUGUUAUUGAAGGACGAUUCGAGAGCAUCGUGCAAUAAUCGUGAAGUCGUGAAGAAGAGCCCCGAGCCCCGAGGGGCCGGAGUUUGAUGUGUGUGUGUCAAAGCACACGAAGCGCGAUGCUCGUGCUUAUUCUGAGCGCUUCGUCCGGUUUCACGACUUUCGAAAGUUCUGAGCGCCAGCGAAAAAGACUUGUUCCUCGGCGCUGAAACUCCACGAACCCGAGAACAUCACCAAGGUCAAUACACUGCUUUAACUUUCUGAAAAACACGCAAUCAAAAUGAAGAUCGAUAGGAGUAAUCUGAAAAAGUGCAUGUUUGAAGUGCCACCAGAGUGCCAAGCCUUGAUAAGCAAACUGCGCUCUUGCUCACACUCUGAAUUGCUAGAAGAGUUAAAGAAAAUAGAUGCUUGGACUUUUGGAAAAUGCGAGUUGUUACAUUGGAUCGAUGUUUUAGAUCUCACUGAUAGUGUUCUAGAAGAGGCAGCUACCAAGAGUCCAGAUAAUCCCUGGGAACUAGCCUGUGAUCUUCCUCAAAACAGAGAAGCAAAAGAAUUGUUACUAUGGGUUCUUCAUUUUACUACAUUGCUAAUAGAGCACUCUUUUUCACGACACUUGUAUAAUAGUAUGGAACAUCUCGUCACUUUGCUGUCCAGUUGUGACAUGCAUGUGGUCCUUGGGGUUCUGAAACUUCUGUACAUGUUUAGUAAACGAAGUAAUUUUAUCUCAAGAUUAAGUAGCGAUAAAAGACAAGCUGUACUUAGUCGGCUGAAUCAUUUAGCAGAGAGUUGGGGUGGCAAAGAAAACGGUUUUGGCCUAGCAGACUGUUGUGCGGAACACCCGGAAAAGCCUUUCCCCGUGAGUGCGACAACGUUACACUUUGAAUUUUAUGCUGAAAGUCCUUCAGCUUCAGAUACGUCCAGUGGUACCACUGGUAGUGGUAGCGCCAAAAAGACUGCUCAGACAAAUCUUUUAACAUAUAUACACAUCGAAAAUAUAGAUAAACUCGGCAAAACCCCUGCGCACAUAAUGAAUGACUUGUUGAAAGUUUAUAAUGUACCUCAGGACCGACAGGUGGCUCUUUUCACACACAUUAGAUUAGCUCACAGCUUUUCAGACUAUCGUCGGCGCUUGCAAUGCAUCCAAACUAGGCUGCAAGCUCUCUCUGUCCUUGUACACAGCAAUGCUCUCCAAGACGCGCAUAGUUUCAUCCACGCUGGACUCCUCGAAGAACUGGUAGAACUCCUUGAACUUCCUCAUUCGCAUCUUGUUGAGCUACGAGCGGCAGCACUGCGAACACUCACGAGUAUAAUUCAUAUGGAUCGUAACCCGCACCAACCCAAAAAAGCUGGUUCUCGAUUGAAAGUGAUAAUCGAUGUCACGGGUGCUAGUUCAUAUCACGGUUUCCUUCCAGUCCUCGUGCGAUCAUGUAUAACGUCGUUAACGUCACCACAGUCUGACGGGCAACCCUUUCCACUACAGCUCGCUACAGCGCUUUUUAGUUUUCUUUAUCACCUCGCUAACUACGAAGCCGGUGGCGAAGCGCUCGUCAGCUGUGGUAUGAUGGAAAGUCUCUUGAAGGUGUUCAACUGGCCUAAUAAAGAGUUGGAACACAUAACUUUCGUCACUAGAGCUGUAAGGGUUAUAGAUUUAAUAACAAACAUUGACAUGCAAGGAUUCCAAGCUCACAGCGGUUUGGCGAGUUUCAUCAAACGACUCGAUAUGGAAGUUAACGUUUGUCGUAAAGAACAGCCUUUUGAAAUCGAGCCGGAAAUCGAUGUGCCAGAGGCUCAGCAACAAGAAGCAUCAGUUGCAGAGGAGUCAGCAAAUUCGAGCUCCAAUGCGUCGCAACGUACGAACGAAACCGGGGAUGAUCGCGAGGAGUCCCCUAAUCAAAUGGAAUUGUCCGAAGACGAAAAUACCACGACUAGUUCCAAGACCAAAACCAAGCAAACUGUCCAGACUUAUUGUCCCGCAAAAAAUGGAAAAAUGUGUCUACCCCAACGAGCUGCACUGCUCAAGUCGAUGCUCAAUUUUCUAAAAAAAACCAUUCAAGAUCCUAUGUUCUCAGAUAGUAUACGACAUGUUAUGGAAGGAACACUGCCAUGCUCUUUGAAGCACAUAAUCAGCAAUUCUGAGUAUUACGGGCCAUCUUUGUUUUUGCUCGCCACCGACGUCGUUACAGUUUAUGUAUUUCAAGAACCAUCUCUUUUGUCAACUCUUCAAGACAAUGGAUUGACUGAUGUUGUAUUACACGCUCUGUUAAAUAAGGAUGUACCAGCAACACGGGAAGUCCUCGGUUCACUGCCCAAUGUGUUCAGUGCACUGUGCCUGAAUCAGCGCGGUCUUGCGUCGUUUAUGAGACGUCAGCCCUUUGAGCGAAUUUUCAAAGUUCUUUUGUCACCCGUCUACUUAUCGGCUAUGCGUCGACGUCGCGGAGCCGAUCCACUCGGAGAUACCGCCACGAAUUUUGGUAAUUCCAUGGACGAGUUGAUGCGCCACCAACCGAGUCUCAAGACAGAUGCAAUGGCCGCGAUUGUGAAGCUUCUCCAGGAGCUCUGCGUUCUAGGAUGUGAUCCGCGAUACGUGUGUUGGCAAGCGACUAAUCAAACAAAAAGCUCUCUUUCGCAUAACAAUUUGACGAGCCGACAAUCAAGUGGUCAGUCGGUUGGUGUGGGUGUGGGUGAUGCUAGUGGCAGUGCCAGUGCUGGUGGUGGUAGUAGCAGUGACGAGGAGGAUGAAGACGAAGAAGAGGCAAGCACAAGCUCGCAUCCACAAAGGGAGGAUCAACUCUCUCCUUCGCCCUCUCCUGCCCAGUCUGGACCCCCACCUCAGCCCCGCGAAAAAACACCAAUCGCCCUCCUUGACUACAUAUACAACGUGAUGAAGCUUGUUGAUGCAAUUCUCAGUAACAACUCGACCGAUGACCAUUGUCGGGAAUUCGUUGCGCAAAAAGGCUUAGUCCCAUUGCUCUCCAUACUCGGGUUGCCAAACUUGCCUGUGGAUUACCCAGUAACUCAGGCUGCUCAGCCCGUUGCCUCUGUUUGCAAGAGCAUUCUCAACUUGGCACAUGAACCUUUGGUCCUAAAGACUGGAUUGCAGCAACUCAACGACGUCCUCGAGUUACUUAAACCUUUAAAUCACCACAUGCUACCACCAUGUAGCUCAGCGCUGGUGCAAGAGUUGGCUAACGCACCUAGUAUCGAUACGGCUUUUGUCAGUGAUAAGGCAACUCCAUUGCUGCACGCCAUGAACGCAACCCACGGUUACGUUGUUAUGUUUGUUCAUGUAUGUCGUACUAGUCAAUCAGAGAUUCGCAAUUUGUCGAUGAACCAUUGGGGAUCAGAGCUCGGUCUCACGGUUCUCAAGGGACUGUCGGAACUUUACAUGUCUCUUGUCUGGGAAAGUACGGUAUUAAUGGCACUAUGCAACGACAACAGCAUCCCAACAGGUGGCGAUUUCGGCAAAGAAGAUCUGGAAAAAUUAGUACCACCGGAAAUUAAACAAAAUGAAAAUGAUGCGUCUACUUGGCCGGCAUCGACAACGGCAACGGACUUGAGCAGUAACGGCAUGACCACCGCUAUGGAAGCUUUGAGCACAGAUCCUCCACCAGUCUCAAUGGAAGUGGACGAAAACAAAGCAAGCACGAGUACUGGUACAGUGACUGGAUCUGUACGUACAUCUAUCAACGUUCACCAGCCAAAGUACAUCAGACCGUUGCUAGCAGCUGCAUCACGACUUGGUCGUGCUUUAGCUGAACUAUUCGGACUGUUUGUAAAGCUUUGCAUGGGAUCGGCUGCAAAGCAGAGGCGCGGUCAACAAUUGCCUCCUGUGCCUACUCCGCCUUCACAGGCUGCUCAAAGUGUAGCUACAGCUUUAAAUUGUCUGCUCAUGCGAGGCUUAUUGUACGAUAAGCUACCACCAUCGCCGGUGCCCAAGUUUAAGUUAACCUUCCUAAUAUGCUCGGUUGGUUUCACCUCGCCCAUGCUCUUUGAUGAAAAGCGAUAUCCCUAUCAUCUUAUGCUCCAAAAAUUCGUCAAACUAGGAGGACAAAAUGCCUUUUUUUCAACUUUUGAGUGGGCUCUUACUGGUGGAGGUCAAUUUGAUGUAAACGAAGGUCUUGAGCAUCCAAACUUACCAGACCGAACGGGAGAGUUUCUAGACGUUUGGUUAAUGCUCUUAGAGAAAAUGGUCAACCCCAAAGCUAUUCUGGAUUCUCCCCAUGUAGUUUCCACAAAGUGCACGGGCAUUUAUAAAGCAUACGAAUCAUUUGACCCUGUAAAGUACCUCAUUGACAUUCAGAAGCGAGCUUUCAAGGCUGUUAUGCUUAUGUGGGGCAAGAAACCGCUGAAAAAUUAUGGACCGCGAAUGACCGAGUCGAUUCUUUCAAUUUUAAGAUUUAUUUUGCAAGGGGAAAAAAUUAUUAAAGAACGAACGGAAAAACAAGAGUCUACUGACACAACAACUGCAAGUAGUGGUGGAACCGCUGCUGCUGUUGCUACUACUGCUGCUCCAUCUAGCCGCCCUGGACCAGCUGAGCGUGAACCAGAUGCUGAUGUCAACGCAGAACAAUUGAGACAGCUCAUGGAUAUGGGAUUUAGCAGAAAUCAUUGUAUCGAAGCUUUACUGCACACUCUUAGUGUUGAACAAGCUACCGAUUACCUCCUCACGAAUCCAGCUACUUCUAGAAGAGCGGAUGUAUCCGGAGUUGACAUCAAUGGCCAAGGUAUAAUGGAUCUAGAAAUGGGUGAUGAGGACCAAGUGAUGCAAGCAAUUGCUAUGUCACUCGAUGAAUCGACCCCACAAAAACCAGAGACUCUCAGUACCGAAGAACAGAUUCGCGAAACGAGCAUGAUCAUCGAUGAGUUCACAAAAACUGCUCUCACCCAGUGUCUCAAUUUACUGGAUCAGAUGCCUGAUACAGUUUACCGGAUACGUGAUUUGUUGGUAACCAUCGCGAAACGCAACGGCACGGAAUGGCGCGACAAAAUACUGAAACAAUUGAUAAUGGAAAUCGGUGAUCUCGUUGACCAUUUGCAUACAAUUUCUGUAUCGCAAGAUGAAAACGCAGGCACCCGGCUAGUGGAGUGUGAGGAAGCCAACAAGGUUGCGGGUCGCAUUUAUCUUUACACCCUUUUCUUUGAAGGCAACUUCCAGGAAAUGCGCGAACCCUGCGCUUUCAUAGUCGAACAGUGCGGUUUGCUCAACAAACUUGUCAAUCUACUCGUGGCAAGUGAGGCGCCGCUCACGGCUAUUAAAAGCAAGAGCUCAAACGAUACAACCGUUAAAGACGCGACAGCUAAAGAUGUUGCACCACAGUUAUCGAAAACACCCAAGUGGCUUGCUCCACUUUUGCUGCUCAUCGAUCGAUUGGAAAAGGUUGCAAUAUUAACGCAACGUAAAUUACUCAUGCACAGAGUUACAAAUGGCACAUGGAAAUGGUUCGAUCUUAGUUCGGGAAAGUGGACGCCCUAUUCGAAUUCCAACAAUCGAGUGAUUGACAAAGCCUAUUGGGCUGGCGAGUCAACGGUGCGCAUAAGUUGUGCUCGGCGUCGCUACCUUAUUACGUUUUCGUGUAUGACACAAGUGAACGAAGAUAGUGAUAAUCGUAGGCCUAUCACCAGGAGCUUCCGAAAAAACGAAGAAACAGCAGAAAAUGUCACGGCCACGGCUGUCGCCAUUCCUGAUACCAACAUGGAUACCGAAGAUGGUAGUAAUGGCAGCGGCGCCACUGUUACUAAUGUCGUAGCUACUUUGCCUGUAAACUCCGAGGAAAAGCGGAACUAUUCGAUUCAAGGACUAGAUCCCAACAUCACACCUAGUAUAGUGCGCGCUUGCGUUAAGCUUUUGGCUAUACCUGUAGAUCGUGAUGCUUUACACGCACUAAUGAAGGUGUGCCUCAGAUUGACGCGCGAUUACAAGAACGCUGAAAUCUUUGUUAAAGAAGGCGGUGUAAAGCUCCUACUCGACAUGACUCAAGUUAGCAGCUUCAUUGGCUCUGUCACCUUAAGCACGUUGUUGAUAAGGCACACUCUCGAGGAACCCCUAACGCUCGGGUUGGCCAUGGAGAAAGUCGUUCGCUCGCGUACUCAAAGCAACAUACCACCGCCGUACAAGGAGAUACUAUUUAUGACACGCCAAAUAAGCAGUGCCGUUUGCCGUAAUCCGGAAGUCUAUCACAAAGUCUGCGAAAACAUCCUUAGAGUGGAUAUCAGCGCGCUCAAGCGGGAUGACGAGGAUAAUCGGCUGAUCGUGAAAGCACUUCCUCAGGCUGUUUCUCCGUCAUUACCUAUGGCUGAAGAAGUAUCAGUGAAUGUUAUUCACGAGCUGUUGAAUGCUCUGAUAAAACCCGUACCGGUAUUGCCGGAAGAUAGCACUACGACUUCACCAGCCUCUAGCAGCCCCGAGAAAAAGAGCAGCGCUGGCGCGACAAGCAGUAAUGCAACCUCUUCUACGAGUACGGCCUCGUCUUCUAGACUCCUACUUAGUAGAGGCAAUGCGACUACUGCUUCGGCUGUUAAUGAUCCUUUGGACGACAAUGAUCAAGUUUCUCAAAUUAUACCUCUAAACAUGUGCACGGAUGUUGGCAACAACAGUAAAAUCGAGUCGGAAGAAUCAAAAAAGCCUCUGCUGCCCAAGUCUGCGAUUCUUAAGAUACUCGCCGAAGCAGUACGUUCGUAUGGCUGUAUUGCUAACCUUAUCACCGAGUACACUUACCGAGCUCGCCAAAGCGAAAUGAUCCAGGAAGACACGACAGCAUUAGCUUUCGUGCUGGACCGCCUGUUGCCAGUCGAGAACGCGAGUGACCGUCAGUGUAGUAGCACGGCUCGGUUGCUCAUUGCUGCACUUGCUUCGUGUAACCACUCGCCCGAGGCUCAAAACACUUUGGUGUCGGAAGUUAAAGCCGCGCUUUUGCGCACCUUAGCGCUGCCAGAAAGCUCGGAAAAGCAUGCUCAGCUUCAGCUGCUCAUUGGACUCAUUUCGACGAUGAUAGACAGUUGUCCGCUCACCACGCAUACGACGAUGCGCGGAUCCCUCAAAGUUAACCAAUACACAAAUGUCAACUACGUUGUUAGAGUAAUGCUGAAGAAGGGCAUCAUCACUGACUUGGCCAAGAUACCCCACAGUCUGGACCUGUCGAGUCCAAACAUGGCCGCCACCAUCAACGCGGCACUUAAACCUUUGGAAACGCUAUCGCGAAUAAUUAACCAACCUGCGGCCGGACCACCCAACAACAGAUUUCCGAAGCCAAAGACCCGAAACACGCAAGAGGAGCCCGUUGGAGAACAAAGUGGUACAACUACCUCUGGCGCGACAAAUGCCGUGGGCGAGGAAACCAACGAGGAUGCGGAGAACACCGAACACGACAUCUCCGUCAACGCGGAAAGUCUCGAGCCGACCUCGGAAAGUCAACAACACGAAGAGGGCGAUGUAGCCGUUCUGGAAGACAUCAUGGAUCAACUGCUCGAAAGUGUCUUAUUUUCCAGGGAUCCCUCCGCCGUGUCGGAAGAACCGACUUCACGAUCACAUCGGCCAAUGGAUAUUGAAGGCGACAGUCUCGUUAUUUCCCGUAUGCGUGACGGCGAAGGUGAUUUCGAUCCCACACGUGAUACUACGGAGGAUUUGAUGAGUUCCGAUUCGGACUCCGAUAGUAAUCCCUCGGAUGAUAACGAGGACGAUGUGCAGGACGACGACGAUGGAGAGGAGGAGGAGGAAGAUGAUGGCGAUGACAACGAUGAAGAAGAGGAUGAAGAGGAAGAGCCAUCGAAUUACGAGGAAGAAGGGAUACAAUUUUACCACGACGUGGGUGAUGAUUUGUUACGGAUGGUGCCUGCAUCUGAUCGUGACAGUAGCAACGUCGUCAUGAUCCAGCACAAUUUUGACAGCCCUGACUUGAACGCUCCAAUGUCUACCUCCAGGCCGAGCUUGGGUUGGAACAGUAAUCCCUCGUUCACAUUAGAUCUUGGUCGAUUGGCAUCUGAUCAGGGUGACCUUCAUUCUCACCCAAGAUUAAUCACGGAGAGCUCUUUGCUUGAUGGCAAUCGUUCCAGAAGGUCCAUGACCGCACGAGGAUAUAGGGUUCACCUUUCCAAUUCCAGACAUUCAAACCCGCCUGUAAUAUUACAAAGAUUACUAGGCCCAGCGGCACAAUCACUUCCACUGGCUGCUAGCCAGAUACUCGCAAGUGUCCGAGAUACUCGAGUCGUCGUCAUGGAUAAUGGACUCGGGAUUAUGACUAAUCAAGAUGACGAGUCGUUUGAUUUGGUGGACCAAUCAGGUUACUUAUUUGGUCCAAGUCUUGCUGCAACUUUGAACAAUAUUCCUACAGCGUUGCAUUGGUGGAUCGAAGAGAGCAGACUGCUAGAUGGAGAUUCUCAACCAGACUGUUGCGUUGGUGUUGUAUACAAGUUGAUUCCUGGUUUGGAGAAACACAGAAAUGCUGAACUAGCAGAGAGAAAAGAGAAGCUUAAGAAACAACAAGAAACUGCUCAAAAAGAAGCGGAGAAAAACAAGGAUGCCAAAACUAGUACUAGCACAAAUACUGCAGAAAAUGAAGCGUCUAACACACCCCCGACAGAGAGUCAAGUAGCCACUCCAUCAACAUCUGUCAAUUCUAGACAACUGAUAGCUGCUGUUGAAGCUGUUGUCGAAGCUGUUCGACAAGAGCUGAAUACCGAUGAAGAACUAAUUGGUGAAAUGGAAGUAGCGGAUGAAGAAGAUCGUCCUGCCCAUCCAAAUGAUGAGCAACCGAAUGAAAAUAGAGAGUCACAAUUAUCUCAAGCAUCGGCACUUAGUGCGGCUACUCACAUUGCUGAAACUUUUGUCAAUUCGGUGCUUUCAUCAGCUGCUUCAGAAGUGUCGAGAAUUCAAAGGCAACAACAACAGCAACAAUCGGACAGACGUCCGGAAGACUCUUUAGUGGCUGAGAAUUCAGAAUCGUGGCCUCCAUCCGAACUUGUUGAUUUUAGUCAGAGCUCAGGUAGCAGUGACACGAUUCGAGGAGAGGGCACGUUACCUAUUGAUUGGAUAAGAAGGUUACUUACUGAAGACAAUGCCGCAGCUAACAAUGAAAGAAAUGCUAAUAUAACGGAUCAAGAAUCAAGUUUGCCUGACCCACCAGUCGCGAAUGCUUCUCAAUCACCUCAGGCAGAACAACAGCAGCCUACCGCUCAACUAGAAGCUCCUCGAGAAGACAAUACUUCUCAGUCGGACACGUUAAACGACGCAGAAACAGUAGGCGAAGUUGCCGUGGCUCCAGCAGUACCCGCGCCGUCUGCAGUGUGUACCUCGGAGCAAGAUCAAGCAUCCGCAUCUGAACCAACAGCGUCGCAAGAAACACCUCAGCAACCACGAGCCUCCCAAUCUCAGGAGCCGUUCUUGGAUGGCGUAGAUCCCUCAUUCUUGGCCGCGCUUCCUGAUGAAAUGCGCGACGAGGUGAUAGCUGAACAACUGCGGCUCCAGCGCAUCAGGCAGAGAGCUCAAACGGCAAUUGUUGAAGAGUUAUCGGGUCCCGCUGAAGUCAACCCCGAAUUCCUCGCUGCUCUGCCACUUGCUAUUCAAGAGGAAGUCCUGGCACAGCAGCGACUUGAACAGCAACGACAUGCUGCCGCCUCUGCGAAUCCUGAGGAUCCCGUUGAUGCCGCUGCAUUCUUCCAAAAUCUGCAACCUUCGCUUCGUCAAGCGAUCCUUACGGAUAUGGAAGAAUCUCAAAUUUCUGUGCUUCCACCAGACCUUGCGCAAGAAGCGCAAAACUUGAGAAGAGAAUGGGAGGCACGUAACAGGCAUAUAAUGCAAGAACGGUUCUUCAGUCACGUAAGUCAAGGCAAUGCCGCGCUCUCGAGCAUUUUAAGGACUUCUGGCAGAGGAAGAGGUCCUCGAUAUGCGAUUCACGCAGUGGGCCAGAGGUCUCAGUGGAGCUCGUACAAUAAUCGGGGUGACGCAGCUUUGAAUUAUCAAGGCGCCGGAGCCAAUAACUUACGAAUGCGAGGAAGGCAGUUACUCGAUCACGAGUCAACGGCUUGUUUGCUCGUAUUAUUGUUCAUCGAUGAGCCAAAAAUCAACACUCUAAGACUUCACAGAGUCAUCAGGAAUCUGUGCUAUCACGGUAGCACUAGGGAAUGGAUCGUCAAAGCGUUGCUUAACAUCAUGGAAAGGAGUAAUGAGGAAAAUAAAGAUGCUUUUGGAGAUUUUAGCGGCAAGCUUAAAAAGAAAGGGACUCCUCAUUCCAGUAUUGAUUACUGUUCACCUAAAGCUAUGGACACGAAGAAUAAUACGCAAUCUUGGCUGAAUAUAAGUAUUGAUGCUGCAUUAGGUUGUAAAGCAAAUGUAUUCCACAUAACAAGACACGGAGGUAAAAAAUCAGAAAGACAAGGUCAUAACAUAACGAUUCAUCCACAAGCUGCUCCUACUGUUUGCAGGCACACGCUUGAGCUUAUGGUAUCUCUUGCAAAGAGCUUCCCGGGAUAUUUCGUUCCAAUAAAAUCGAAAGAAACCGAAGAAAAGGAAAAAGAACCGUUGAUUAAAGAAGAGACAGGUACCAAAUCAAAAAUCGUAGCCAAGCCUGGUAAAAGUGAUGCCCCAGACUUCUGGGACAUGCUGCUGCGUCUCGACGCGUCUAGUGCCUCUAAAAAAGGAAAAUCCGUAGCUCGUACGCACUCGACAACGAAUUUGGGAGCUGAGCUUGAACAAUCGGUUGUGUCGUUUGAGGCAUCCUCUUUCGGUCAAUUGAUCUCAAUGCUCAGUUGGUCGGUGAUAAAACGUAGUAGUCAACUGACGGAUAAGCUCCUACGAUUGUUAUCUUUGAUAUCAAUAGGCCUGACUGAGGUAAAUCCGAGUCGACGACCCGAAUCAACAAACAAAAAUAAAAAAACCGAGAUCAGCAAAGACUCUAGUCUAUCUGCUCCCGAAAGCCACAUUAGACUCGCUGUUAAAGUUCUAACAAGUAAGAGCUGUUCAGAAGAGGGUCUCGAAGAUGCAACCGCUUUAUUACUGAAUCUGUCUCAUUGUCCCGAUCCCACACGACAGCUGAUUUUAAAAUUACUGCUGGAAGGCGCAAUGGAACUAGCAAACAUGGUGUGCGAGCACAUUAAUGACUUGAUGGUGGAACUGCGAGUACUAAAUCGGGAGUACAAGAGGAGAAACUCAUUAAUGGAAGAACAGCAUUCAAGUAACAGUAGUGGAUCGAGUAAAGGCGUACUUCAAGAUAGAUUCACGAAUGACAACGUCGUCAUCGUAGCGUCCACAAAAUUGAAGGCUGGAGGUGAUUUGCAGUUGCCGUCCAUGGGAACGCUUGUCAGUAAAACGUCUAGUCAAGCCUUCUUCCUUCGUAUCCUCAAAGUGAUAGUGCAGAUAAGAGAAGCCGUGCGCCACGCCAACAGUAAGGCAGCCACGGAAACUGCCACCGCGACUACGGCUAAUGUUGAAGCUCCAGCCGUACUAGCCGCAGAUACAGCCAUGGAGACUGCGCCGUUGGGCGGCAGUGCCGAAUCAACUGGUCAUGAGGCUGCUGCUGAUACAGAUGCCAUAGCAAUGGAUACUACCCAGGCGUCAACUCCAACCCUUUCCGCAACUGGUUCACAAUCUACUCCCAUGGAGUCAACGUCGAAGCAAUCAAGUUCGAGCGUCGAGGAUGACAAGUCUUUGCCUCUGCUCAGUGAAAGCUUGGUUCUCGACAACUUAUGGGAGACGUUGAGUGCCUGCCUACUUGAGUUGGAACACACACCCGAUCAUCACGCGGUUCUCGUGUUGCAGCCAGCCGUCGAGGCCUUCUUCCUCGUGCACUCGUCGUCGAGCACAUCACGUGAGCAGAACAACGAUAACAAUACCGAUAGCGUCGAAAUCGCCUCGGAAAUCGCACCAGUCUCGCCCAUUUAUGCGGGUAACAACGUAUCUGGAGCAACUCCAGUAGUAACUGCAACACCAGCAACCGCGACAGACACAGCAGCGGCAACAACAGCUCAGACACAGCAACCAGAGGCUCAGACAACAAACGCGACCGCAAAUGUCAGCAGCGCAGAUGCCGCAGGCGCUGCUGUUGCUCCUUCUUCUCACACGUGGGAUGCCAAUUCGACGACCGUGCACAAGGCCUUACCGCCGGAUCAGCUCAAGUUCCUUAAAUUUGCCGAAACACACAGAACAGUCUUAAAUCAGAUACUUCGGCAAACCACUACUCACUUAGCAGAUGGUCCAUUCUCUGUGCUAGUGGAUCACACGAGGGUUUUAGAUUUCGAUGUCAAGCGACGGUACUUUAGAACCGAAUUAGAACGAAUGGACGAAGGUAUUCGCAGGGAAGAACUUGCCGUUCACGUGCGUCGCAGUUGUGUGUUUGAGGAUUCCUUCAGAGAACUUCACCGAAGAACAGCUGAUGAGUGGAAAAAUCGCUUCUAUAUUGUAUUUGAAGGCGAAGAAGGUCAAGAUGCAGGUGGACUACUGCGGGAGUGGUACGUCAUCAUAUCAAGAGAAAUCUUCAAUCCCAUGUACGCUCUAUUUACUGUUAGCCCUGGUGAUAGAGUGACUUACAUGAUAAACUCCUCCUCUCACUGUAAUCCUAACCAUCUGUGUUACUAUAAAUUUGUCGGUCGGGUAAUUGCCAAGGCCAUUUACGACAAUAAACUGCUCGAAUGCUACUUCACUCGUAGCUUCUACAAACAUAUACUUGGAAUCCUUGUAAAACACACAGACAUGGAAAGCGAGGAUUAUAGUUUCUACCAAGGCCUUGUAUAUUUAACUGAAAAUAAUAUCGUGAACCUAGGCUACGAGCUGACCUUCUCGACUGAGGUAAACGAAUUUGGAGUCAAUGAUAUACGUGAUUUGAUUCCUAAUGGACGAAAUAUUAUUGUCACUGAAGACAACAAACUCGAGUACAUUAGAUUAGUUUGUCAAAUGAAAAUGACUGGAGCCAUUCGUCAACAGCUCACUUCAUUCUUGGAGGGAUUUUACGAUAUUAUUCCUAAACGUCUCAUUUCCAUUUUCAACGAGCAAGAGUUAGAAUUAUUGAUUAGUGGUUUACCAAACGUCGAUAUCGAAGAUCUCAAAGCUAACACGGAAUAUCACAAAUACAGUCCAACAUCGUUACAGAUUCAAUGGUUCUGGCGUGCAUUGCGAGGUUUCGAUCAGGCCGAUAGAGCCAAGUUCUUACAAUUUGUCACUGGAACUUCAAAGGUUCCCCUUCAAGGUUUCGGUGCUCUGGAAGGUAUGAACGGAGUGCAAAAGUUCCAAAUCCAUCGUGAUGACCGAUCUACAGAUCGGCUGCCAUCAGCUCACACAUGUUUCAAUCAACUGGACUUGCCGGUGUAUGAGACUUACGACAAACUGCGCAGUAAUUUGCUGAAGGCUAUCCACGAGUGCAGCGAAGGAUUUGGAUUCGCGUAAAUUUUUACUAAGACAUUUAAGGACAUUUUACGUCGUAAAUUUGUUAUCUGUAAUGUGUUGCCUCUGCCUAUUGGACGAAGUAAAUUAUAUACUUGCGUGCUGUAACAAAUAUGAACUGUGCUUGAUUCUCAAUCGAAUUCUCAAAAAAAAGAAAAAAUUAAUAAAAAAUGGAAGUAAUGUACAUGCAUAUAUAAUCCACACGUGUAUAUACAUAUACUACAAUGUACAUAUAUAUGUAUAUACAUGUGUAAACAUAUAUACGACUACGGUGUAAUUAUUGAAGAUGUCUUUAAAAAAAGGAAGAGAGAGAAAAGAAAAAAAAAAUACUCUACUUAGAGUUUAUUUUAUUGAAAAAUUCUUAAAGGAAAAGAAAGAAUGUGUAUGAAAUACAGAGACAGAGAAAUUCGAGGAACUUAACGAUAAUUCCCUGCAAAACAGAACAGGAGAGAUAAACUAAGUUUAAUCACAUAAGACUAUAAGAUAAGA